GGAGGCGAUGUCGGCAUCGCCGUGACAUCACCCCGCGGCUUAUAUAGUUGGGGAAGGGUCCGUGUGCCCCGUCUGGUGCCUGCAGCCGCCCGCCGGUGCAGCGCUGGGGGCGAGGAGCGGCGGGGCUCUCACUCUCCUCUCUCUGUGUGUGUCUCUCUCUCUCUCUCCGUGUCUCCCCAGGAUUUAUGGACUUAUGGCAAGGAUGAGAGCCCAGCUGGUGUGCGUGGUGCUGCUGGCCUUGGCCUCCUGCGGUCUCGGCUCAGAUUCAGAAGAGGAAAUGAAAGCGUUAGAAGCAGAUUUAUUGACCAAUAUGUAUACAUCAAAGAUUAACAGAGCAAAACUUCCUUACUGGAAAAUGACACUUCUAAAUGUCUGCAAUCUUGUCAACAACAUAAACAACCAAGUCGGAGAAACAGUAGAGGCAGAUGAAGAGGAUCUCAUUUCAGGAAGACAAUUUCCUGCUGCUCUGGAUGGCUUCAGCUUGGAAGCGAUGCUGACAGUAUAUCAACUCCAAAAAGUUUGUCACAGCAGAGCUUUUCAGCAUUGGGAGUUACUUCAGCAAGAUGCUCUUGAUCUAGAGAACUCAAGCCAAGACAAGGAAAUAAUGAAAAGAAAAAAUCCCUAUAUUCUGAAACGGCAGCUACAUGUGAACAAAGCUAGAAGACCAUACAUACUCAAGAGAAGUUCAUAUUACUGAUGCAGAAGAAGAAAAAUAUGUAUAUUUAGUUUAUAGGUAACUGUGCGUUAUGGUUAUCCUAUUGAAAUCUAAAAUCAUACUUGUGUGAAAAUAUACUAUGGAAAACCAUCAAGAUGAUAACGUAAAUGUGUCUUUUUUGCAAUUGCUGUUUCUUGAUUGUGAUUUUUUCCUACUUGAGAUUAAUUGGACAAAUACAUUUGCAAAUAAAUCUAGUUUCUAAGCAUGA